CAACAUCUUACUUUGCAAAGCUCUUUCAAGAAGUCGAAGAUGAAGGUUGCCUCGAUAUACUGGUCCCAUCAUCUGGCCUUUACAUACUCAUUGGCUGUAGCUGGUGCGAGAUAGGUCUACCAUACCUUGGUUCUGAACUUCGACUGCAGAUAUUUACUUCUUUUGAGUAUACACUUCCCAAGCUCUCAUGCUUUUCAGGCCUUGAUAAACCAUCGUAUGCCUACUCCGCCCGAAUAAUACGCUACCUGCUUGUAUUUCCCCUGGGUCACAUUUACAUUCCACUCACGCUGGCCAAUGUGGUUACCCUGAAUCACCCCUGCCAUCGUUUCACCUAUGCCUUUCACAAUCGGCAUUGCUUCCGUGGGAUGUGAAGGUAGCCGCCUCCCCAUCUGGGAGGAACUGAAAGAAAGCAAGGGGUCUCUGGCGGCGGUCUCUUAUCUGUUAAUGUAUACAAAGCCGAUGAAUGAGGCCUCUCGACCCCAAGGUAUACCUGAGCAGCAUUCCACCCCGCUCAAGUAAUUUAGAUAGAUUUAUAAUUCAUUGUGUUUUAAUAGUCGCG